UCGUGGCUGCGGCCAGCCCCCCGUACCACUGUUUUCUCCACAAUUCUGUCCAACAGUGCUGCGGGGGUACAAAAACUCCAGCAACAGAGCCAAAGGACCACACUAAACCAUCUUUGUCUGGGUUUGGAGUCUCCGCCUCGCUCAACCCUGGAUUUGAUUUGUUCAUCCAUUACAGGACCAGCCGUAUCAUAGUAACAAGGAUUACGGAGUAUAAAAAACCAGCAGACCAAGUCUCUGGAAGACCCGAGCCGGCUGAGUCAAUGGAGAAGAGAAAUCACAGAUAGUCCUACACGACCAAUAAUGUGACCUGAAGGAUGUGCUCGUAGCCGGUAUACUCCGCUAGCUAGAUACGAGGCCUGGAGUGCCAGAUCAUUUAAGACUAGUUGGGUACAUACAUUCGAGUUCUAUUGUGCUUUGUCGCGUUGAGAGCCCCCUUCACGCCAGACAACCUCCAGGCUAUCCAAAUCCCUUCGUUUCCUCCUCAUAGCCAAAAUGCGUCUCGCUGCUGCUGCUGUUGUGCUCGGCGCCGGUGCCAUCACCAGCGCCCAACUAUCCAGUAUCCCACAAUGCUCUCUUACUUGUCUCACUUCGGCCCUUGGUGCGGACGGCUGCUCUGAGCUGACGGAUUUCGCAUGCCAUUGCCAAAAGACGGGCCUUGUGGAACAGGUUGUGCCCUGCGUCCAACAAGCUUGCGAUGUCACGGACCAACAAGCCGUUUCCAAAGUCGUCGUAUCUUUGUGCUCUGGUGUUGGCCACCCGGUCUCUGUCCCGCCGGUGGACUCAUCGACUCCCAAAUCAACUGCUGCAGGAAGUGUUCCGACCACAUCGAGCAGCUCCAAUUCUACCACGGUCAGUGGUUUGGGUGGAAGCUCUCGGACUUCGUCUGCGGCCUCCAUGACUUCGACUUUGGGUUCCACGACUUCGUCCACGGUCAACACGGCUUCGCCUUCGAGCACCUCCCAAUCCAACGGGGCCUCUGGUAUUGGAUCCGGAGUUGCUCAGGUGGCUGGUACUGCCAUCCUGCUAGCCAGCAUCAUGUUUCUGGUCUAAAGAAUGGCGUGGAGAAAGACUCGGAUUUUCUUUCCACUGUUGGCUGAUAAUACCGAAUUAGACGCUGGUAGCUUCUUGCUACCAGGCUAUCUCAAGCU